AGCACAAUGAGGUCUAAGCUUAGAGAUAAAACCAUUGAUGUUCUAGAGUUUUUAACUUAAAAAAGAGGUAAGGGUGGACAGCAUGUAAACAUCUCAGUCCAACCACACACGUGAUGAAUUUGCAGGCAGACUGCAUAGAUCCCGCUUUAAGGGCAAUCCAAAACAACUCCACCCUAAAUGGUCCCUUACAAGUAAAGCACCAAUUCGCGUUUAAUCAAACAGAUCAAAGAAACUUACCAUCAAAAUUUGCAAGACUAGUGACAUUCGGCGCCUGAAAUUCGAACUAAGCAGAGACUGAAAACCACAUACUUAACGGUCAUUUCAAAACCAUUAUGAAUGUUUUAAACCGAGGCAUGUCAGCUUCGGACCACCAACUAUAAUACUACAGAGGGACCCAUCAUGGCAUGCGAAGUGGUUUAUAUUCAUAAUAAUCCCGAGAAUGUAGUCUGAGAGACCAAGAACUCAGGGACCAGAGGGGAUUUGGUGCAUGACUCCCUGAAGAGGAUGGACCAGAAAUGUGAUCAUGUAAGUCUCACAUACACAUAUGUAACCAUCCAUGCAUUAUAAACAUUUGGUCAUAACAAUGAAAUCACACAGACCUAUAUGUACUGACUGCAGGAAGAGAUGAGGGUAAUUGGUAAAUUGUCCAAGCAAGAACAGAAGAUUCGGGACGAGCUAGAAGCCGAAAUAGAAAAGAAUUUGGAAGAAGAGAUAAAGGACGGGAUUUACAACCUUGCAGUCAAGCUGCACAGGCUGUAUCAGCAACGGCGGGAAAGAGAGGCGUCUGAUGGUUCCGGCGGCAGACCAGACGGCAAGACACUAUCUGAGGUUAACAUAAGCAUAAAAAUGGAAGGCCAUACCAAGAUCGAGAUCAAAGAGACCAAGAAAGAAGCAAGCAUGGCAAGGGCCACACAGCUAAACAUCAAAAACCGCGAGAAUUUGAACAAAUUCCCAGGUUCAGGCAAGAAAAAUAAGUUUCAUGGGACAGGCAAAAACAUGAAGGAGCAGAUGAUGAACCAACAACUUAAGGUCCGUGAACUCAGAUGGAAAUGGUAAUGAGGUGAGAUCGAUCGGCCU